AAAUGGAGUUUAAAAGGAAGAAUCUUUUGUCUAAGAUAGCCACUAACGACGGUCAUGGAGAGAAUUCACCUUAUUUUGAUGGGUGGAAAGCGUACGACAGCAACCCUUUUCACCCCGCUCGGAAUCCACAUGGUGUCAUUCAAAUGGGACUAGCUGAGAACAAGCUUUGCUCUGAUUUGAUGAAAAAGUGGAUUCUGGAAAACCCUCAUGCUUCCAUCUGCACUGCACAAGGGGUUGAUAAGUUCAACGAUAUUGCCAUCUUUCAGGAUUAUCACUGCCUCAAAGAGUUCAGAGAGGCUGUAGCAAAGUUUAUGGGGAGAGUAGGAGGAAACAAGGUUACAUUCGAUGCAAACCGUAUAGUCAUGAGCGGCGGAGCCACCGGAGCUAACGAGACGGUCAUGUUUUGCCUGGCCGACCCAGGCGACGCUUUUCUUGUACCUUCUCCUUAUUAUGCGGGAUUUGCCCGGGACCUAAGGUGGCGCACUAGGAUAGAAAUAAUACCGGUUGACUGCAAAAGCUCAAACCAUUUCCGUAUAACGAGAGAAGCCUUGGAAUAUGCCUAUGAAAAAGCUCAAACAUGGAACAUAAACGUCAAAGGCGUCAUCGUAGCCAACCCUUCGAACCCUUUAGGCACAGUCCUAGACCGCGACACGAUGAGAAACAUAGUCAGCUUCGUUAAUGAAAAGACCAUCCACCUUGUCUGCGACGAAAUCUAUGCCGCAACAGUGUUCAGCUCUCCUAGAUUCAUUAGCAUUGCUGAGAUUAUACAAGAUAUGGAUGAUUGCAACCCUGAUCUCAUUCACAUUGUUUAUAGCUUGUCCAAGGACAUGGGGAUCCCAGGUUUUCGAGUCGGUAUUGUGUACUCGUUCAACGAUGAAGUUAUGCAUUGUGCUCGUAAGAUGUCGAGUUUUGGAUUGGUGUCAUCGCAGACGCAAUAUUUACUUACUUCAAUGCUUUCGGAUGACCAGUUCGUGGGGAAUUUCCUAAGGGAAAGCUCCAAGAGGUUAGCCAAAAGGCACCAUGUUUUCAUCAAGGGGCUGGAACAAGUUGGGAUUUCUUGCUUGAAAAGUAACGCUGGUUUGUUUUUCUGGAUGGACAUGCGACCGCUCCUUAAAGAGCAAUCUCUCCAGGGAGAAUUAGAGCUGUGGCAUGUUAUUAUCGAUGAAGUGAAACUCAAUGUUUCUCCGGGUUCAUCUUUCCGGUGCUCCGAGCCAGGUUGGUUUCGAGUCUGCUUCGCGAACAUGGAUGACGAGACCGUCGAGGUAGCCCUCAAUAGGAUCCAGGCAUUCGUACUAGGUCAAGAGAUCCAAGAACCGGAUAAGUCGAAACAUUGGCGAAAGAAACACCUUCGCCUAAGCUUCUCUUCCUCUAGGUUAUACGACGAGACUAUCAUGUCUCCACACAUCAUUUCCCCUCACUCACCACUCGUCCGAGCAACAACAUAGCUAAUCCUUAAACCAGCCAAAACUUUAAAUCUCCGAUCUUUUAAAUCAUUUGAAUUAAGCUCAGUGUACAUUAAUAUUUGUCUCCACAUUUUCUGAACAUUGAAGAUCUAUGCUCUAUGUAAU